AAGCGCUAAUCAGCAUAGAGUUAUCAGUAAUGCGACGCGUCGAGUAUGACAAACGGUCAGUCCAAUUUCUUCCCGAGAAUAUUUUUCCACGUGUUUAAGUCAAUUGAACCGCUGCAAUUUCUCGGCGCAGUAUUAUCAAUCCGGUGGAUGGAGGGUACGGUCGUUCAAGUGUCACCUGAACGACGAGUGUGCACAAAAUGGAAAGUCAUCCAAUUUCGGUUUUGUAAUCGAGUGUUUUGUGAAAGUAUAUCGCAUAAAUUGAUGAAAAUUCGUCCGAUUAAAAUUGCAGUUGGACAAUCUCACGGUGAAUAUCGACGAAGGGAUACCGCGAGCGUGAAAACUCAUUUUUUCGAUUCCAACGAAGAAGAUUUUCGGAUUAUUUCAUACUCGUAAGCACUGGGCAUGGAGGAAAGCGAAAUCGUAUAGAGCUUUGGUCCAACGAAUUCGAAGCAAGCUUCGUAACGAAGGCUUUUUGAAAAUAUCGGAGCUCCAACAUUUUUUACGCGUUUACCGAGCUUCCGAUGUGUUACUGUACUUCCAAGAGACAACUUUAUCGCGUCAAAUUACCUUCGCGUGCUCUACCCGUUCCCCAUUUAGAAUCAUAAAUGUAGAGUGAUUAUUUCGACCUAAUGUUACACGAACCGGUUGAUCAAUUGAGUUUUUCGUAAAAAAGAGUGAUGCGAAAACCGGAAGUGUGACGAUGAAAGGGAGCGUUAAAGAACACGAUGGCACAUGGAAUGUCGUAGCUUUAUGAUUCAAUUGCAAGCUGCAGCAGCCGUGAACAAAUAGAUUUUUAGUGCCUCUAAACCUAUUGAAUGGGAUGUACGAGCUGUGAGACGCGCAGACGGUGUCCUAACACGCACAUCAAAUCGGUGUCGAAUUGAUCGAAGGAGCAUCUGCCCACGUCAACAUAAACUCGAUUCAGCUCGAGCGAAGACUGCGAAGAAACAAAUAAAAAUAAAUAAUUACAAGGGAAGAUAAAGCCCGCGAGUGUUGAGCCGAGCGGCCGAAAUGUGUCUCCGCUGUAACCUCCAGUGCGAGAACUUUGGUGAACAAUUUUUCGACCCACGCGGGUCACGAGACCGUUAAAAUUGUUGGCAACGAUGAGCCGUGCGACUGCAUGGAACAAGGUGGCUCGUUAUUAAGGGUAAAGGGAGAGAGAGAGAGAGAGAGAGAGCGGGGAGAGACGAGGACCAUAAAGAAGGGGAGCCGGUAAUAUGGAUUGAUAUUGAUUUUUCAACGAAGAGGAGAGAACCGUGGCCACCUUCUACAGCUAUGUCCAUGCGGUUUUCGAACCACCGGCCGGCAGUCACAGAGUGUCCGUCCGCCAGGUCGCUGAUGCCUGGACGUCAGAGUCCAUCAAAUUACGAUAUUGUCAGCAAGGAUAGCGAUAAAGGAGUGUUCGCUAAAGAAAACGGAUUUUUUCCCUACGAGCAACAAUCGGAUUUAGUUUUUUUGGAUAAUUCAUCGUCUUCCUUCUGUGGUCGUCGUGCAAUGGUAAACAAAAUUUGGUGUCGGAAAGUGGCAAGAGCAUGGCUGCAAGCAAAGCCGGAAACUCCACAUGCGAGAGUCUUUUCGGAACCAAAAUGUCAAGAUCAUGUACGCAGCUGGUACCUGAUUUAUCGUUGUAUGAUAUUACUAGCAUGGCUGACAAUAGUCGUGUGCUCAAUAUUCGAGUGUGGAAGUGUCGAACCAUUGGGGAAUCAUCACAAGUGGCCUAUAUAUCUAACAAAUUGGGAUCUCGCAUUGGGAACGGCACAAGCCAGCUUGGCUUUCUGGUUGGUGUUGAGAAGAUGGAAAUCGCAGUCUACAGUUGACUUUGAUCCUGCUAAUAUGACAUUAGGAAAAAUAGAAAAGUUGUACUACUUUUUGUACACUUCGACUUGUAGUAUAGCCAUAGGAGUUUCAGCUGCUUAUUGGUGCACGGUCCACAAUCCAAAGAUUCAUCAUGUAGAUGCUUUAAACAUAAUGCUUCAUGUAGUAAACAGCGUACUUAUGUUAGUUGAUUUAUGCGUAAUGAACAUUCCUGUCAGGCUGCGAAACUUUUGGUGGUCUUUAGCGAUAGUGACAACUUAUAUAAUAUUCACUGUUAUAUAUUAUAGCGCCGGUGGAAGUGACAAACGAGGCUAUACAUACAUCUACAAAGUUCUCAAUUGGGAAAAGCCUGGUAUAGCUUUGUCAGUGUCAAUAGGUGGUUUAACUUUUGUCAUUAUAGUUCACUGCCUCUUGUGUCUUAUUACGACGAUGCGAGAACGGAGUUCCGGACGAUCGAGUGAAAAAUAUUCCCAUGAACCGAUCCCCAAUCCUACGAAUGAGCAAACGAUGAAAAGCGUUGAAAUCGUAUGAGUGUAAGAAUUUUCGGAAAGGAACUCGUACUGAAACAACGAAAAGUUUUGAGAGAAGCAUUUUUCUUAACAAUAAGUUCCAUCAUGCUCACGUAUUUCCUAAAAAAAAGUAUCGCGUAUGUGAGUUUAAAUUUCAUUCGGGAAUGAUAAUGGACUGUUUUAAUUCGAUUUUAAGUUCUCGAUUGUUUUUACACGUUUAUUUUCCAUAAGUUAUUUGUGAUCGUCUCAUAAUUUUAUUAAUUAAAAAUUUAUUAUUAUUAUAUUAAUCAUGAACAUAUAAAUUUGAAUUAAUGUAAAAAAUUCGCAUAUACAUUACGGCCAUAGAAGUAUUGCGAGUGUUGCCGCGGCGAGCGUGAUGAUCGCGGAGACGAUUAUUUGGUAUUCAUUCGAAAAUAGUAUUUGUGAUUCAGAGUAAGACAUCGAUAGAGAGAGAGAGAGAGAGAGAGAGAGAGAGAGAGAGAGAGAAUGUGCAUUUGUUAUCACAGACCAUCGGCGUAUUCGUUCAGGUGUCUUUUCAAUAUAUAACAUUGGUUCGGCGAGUAUUUAGGGUCUGCGGAAAUAUUUUGCAUAAGAUAUUUUAUGAUAAAUUCUGAAAAAGUCGAUACCGUUAGUUGCGUACGGCAAAAUAGUCUGCCACUUUAGAUCCGUGAUUAUUUUCUUCCAAACGAAUCUACGAAUUAUAGAUAAUUCAUUUUGCCCAACGCUGAACCAGCCCCGUAUUAUCGUAACGGUACAAUUGCUGGAAUUAAAAACAAAAAAGAAGAACAAAAAUUAAUUUUUAAGGAAUUAUAAUAAAAUGAAUUUGGAAGGAUGUGUGAAUAAGGUGACUCGUUGUUAUGCAAAAAUAUCAACGUUUUUUUUAUUAAUAAAAAAUAACGAUUCAAAGUAA